UUUUAUAGUCAGUUGACAGAUGUCUUGCAAAAGUUGAGGUUAUCUUUAGAAUGUUGUAGUGUGCACUUUAUUUAUACAUUUCUGUUGUUCGAAAUAAGCACUUUAAAUGAGCAAUGGGUACUAGGAUACUACAACGAAUUAUUAUUCCUGCAGUGAACUGCUUAAGAACCAAUCCACAAAAUGUCGUAAGUCGUAACGAACGAGCAAUUUAUGCAAAUGUGGUGAAUUUUACUGUUGUAAGAAACUAUGCUAAGAGUAAAGAUAAAGGGAAGGACAAGAAAGGUAAAGGAGCUAAGGUAGAGGUGAACGUUGCGGCAAUAAAUGAGGUUGUGCCAGUGGAUAAGAUGAAGGAAAGGUGCCAUGCAGCUAUAGAAAGAAUGAAGGCAGAUUUUGCCAAGAAUCUGUCUUUACGAUCUACCACGGGUUCUAUGGAAUCGUUGAGGGUGAAAUUUGAAGGCAAAGAUUAUGAAUUACAGGAACUUGCUCAAAUAGUCCGCAAGAAUCCUAAAACUAUAGUAAUCAACUUUGCUUCCUUUCCUCAGGCCAUACCAAAUGCAUUAAAGGCCUUACAAAGCUCUGGCCUCAAUUUGAAUCCUCAGCAAGACGGCACCACAUUGUAUGUUCCAGUACCCAAAGUCACAAAAGAACACCGAGAGGCACUGGCAAAGAAUGCCAAGGCAUUGUAUAUAAAAUGUAGAGAUUCAGUAAAGGAUGUUCAAGCAGACUUUAUUAAAAAGGUUAAGAAACAAAGCAGUGUAUCUGAAGAUGUAGCAUUUAAUGUAUCUAAGCAAAUCAAUGCAAUUUGUGAAGAAUAUCAAAAUGAAGCUAAGCAAAUUUAUGAUGUGAAACAUAAUGAGUUAGUAGGAAAUUAGAAAACAUACUCCAAUAAGAAAAUCAAUUUAAAAACAAAGUCUUGUUUAGCAUUUAGCAUUUAAAUGUAAGGAUUGUUAGUAGUGCUUUGAAAAUAAAUAAAUUGUAUAAA